AUCUCGACUGCCAAUUGCUUUUUCCAUCCCGCUCCCGACCCCUUGGCCCGUCUGUCGAUUCAGCAUAGAGGGAACAAGGUUGCCGACGACAGAGUCAACUCCAGACCGAGAUCCCACCAACCUGGUCUCUCCUAUCCAGGUUGCCAUCCUCUUCCUGCGGCCUUCCGAUAUAUAAACGCCCGACGUCGUCCUCGAUCCACACCGAGUCCACCGAUAUAAUGUCCGGAUACUACGAGCCCCCUCAACCCCAAUGGCCUCCCGCCGGCGGCCAAGCCUCGGGCUGGGAACACCAGACCCCUCCUCCUCCGCCCGCACGGUCCGGUGCUAGCUCUGCCGUCCCCCGCGAGGAGUCUGCCGCUUUUGCUUAUCAGCUCGAGGAGGUCGACCGCGCGAUCGACAACCUCGUCAAGAGCGGAAAGAUGUUUGGGAUGCCUGGUGGCCGCCGUGAGUCGUUUCCUGUUCCCGGCCCAGCCAGAUUCUACCCAGACUUCGGCGGCCGCAUGGGAGCUGGACCUGGUCCCCGUCCCCACUCCAUGGUCGACUUCAACGAUGCGCGCGGCCCUCACCAGCCCUCCAACUUGCAAACCUUCUAUGCUGCUCAACGUCACCAGCCCUCGCGCGGCUCCAACGAGGCGGAGCAGAUGAUGCAGGCCAAGAGGAGACUGGCUGCCCAGCGGGAGCGGGAGCUUAGGAACUACCACCAAGAGCAACAAUACAACCGAAGCGUCCUUGCCGACUCAUCCUCGCAGUUCGGUGCAGCCAAACCGGAUCGUACCUUGAGCCCAGGCAGCGGCAUGUCUGAAGAGGAGCGCCGCAAACUGAUCGCCUCGCAGCGCAGUGCUUUGUACGGCGAACAGGGCUUCCCUGAUGCUGCCGUUUAUGGUGAAGAGAACGCCGGUCCUCGGUUUGGCUUGACAGCUGGCCAGAACCUUCGCGGAGCUUCUCCGAUGGCCUUUGAUUACAACCAGGUCCCUCCCGGCUUCCCACCCCAGUCCCAGAUUGAGGGCGGCCAAGGAACUCAGUCUGCCGGCCCGCACGAGCGAUCGCGUGCUAACAGCAACACGAGCCCUCAAUCGAACCCGUCCGGCGGCAAGGGUAUUUUCGACGCCCCUAUCGGGCACCAAGCGAACCGUACUAGUGCCUCGUCCCCUGGAGGCUCGCCGCCGCGUCAAAGCGCUCCCGGCAGCAAGCCUGGACAAAACACUGUUGCGCCUAUUGGAACCCGGCCAUCGACGAGCAAUACCGCCACGAACCCUGCUUUGAACAAGGGCUCUACGACCUCUCUUGCGUCCCCGUUGAGCCAAAGCUACAACGGUACGGCUAACAAUGAGGCUGGCAACAACGGUUCCGCCGCUCCUGCUUCUGCGACUACCGAGGGCCCCAAUGUUGGUCUUUCUGGCUGGGGUACCCGUUCCAACGGCUGGGGCAAGGUGGGCAAUGUCCAGGCCAGCGUGUGGGGCUAGAGGUCGUAGACGUGUUUAAGGGGGAGGACGACCCUAAAGGGGACGGGGACUACGACGAGGAUGAAUGACAGCGCUUUGAAGAAGCAUAGGAGCUUCCCGGAAUCCGGUAUCCACAAGCGUCUGACUGCAAUGACUUGUUCAGGACUUUUUGCACAAUUGGAGUCUGGGAAAUGGGAUCCAUUCAUGUGGUGGGGCAGGGCGCGUCGGACAUGGAUGGCAAUGGGCAAAUGAUUUUUUCUUUUGGCCGGUUUGGUUGGUCGGUUGGUCGGUUGGUUGGUUGGCUGGUGUCUUGAAUGUUGCGUGUGGUUGUUGCUGCGAGCGUGCGUGCGUUUGGUCUGAAUUGGGAUAACCUUCACAAAAAAUUGAGCGAGUGCCAAAGUGCAAGGGGGUUUAUGGGAUGGCAUAGGAAACGAAAUGGAGGGUUAUACAAUGUUGAUGCGGCUGGAUAGUACGGAAGCGGUUUUUUAUUGUUACGGAAGACUGGCGGAUUGAAUUGGUGGCGGUGCGUUGCGAACGAAACGGGACGUCUGGUUUUCUAUGGUUUUGUUGGUUUGCAAAGAGGUGGUUCGAACGUAUAAAACAGGAUUUGGCGGAAAGCUUGUUGGGCUGUCCAUGUUAUGUUUUUGGUCUUAUUCUAUGGUGUUAUAUUUUACAGCUAGUACAUCUUGCGGCUCUUGCAUUGGCAUUUAUUUGAAUUUGGCGU